CUUUCACCCAACCCCUCCUUUUUAGCACUUGGCUAGCAGUCACCGCCCUUUUUAUCUUAUGCGCGCCCUCAACACAGGCUUCACCUGGCUGUCGGCCAACUACCUGGGCGGCAUUCCGAUCGACCGUAUUGCGACCGUGGCCAGCGUAUUGUUCUCCUAUGCACUCGCUCACGUUUUCCGGCGCAUUCCCGCAAGCAACGCGCCACUGCGACAUGUCUUUUCGAUAGCCUCGACACUGUUUCUGUUUGGAGCUGUGCAGGAGCAGUACAUUGGCCUAGCGCACCUGCUGGUAGGCUCACUGGUCAUCUACGGCAUGAUGAAGACUUUGAAGGGUGCGCUAAUGCCCAGGGCUGUGUUUUUCGUGGCAAUGCUGCACAUGUCAUUCAGCCAGCUGCGGCGGCAGUGGGGCGAGUCAGGCACGGUAUCAUUUGAUUACACGGGCGCACAAAUGGUGUUUGUGAUCAAGGUCACGUCGCUGGCAUACUGCGUAUACGAUGGCACAUGCGAUCCAAAGACGCUGUCAGCGUACCAGCGUAAGAAUGCCAUUGGUGGCGUGCCGUCGCUGCUAGAGUUUCUCGGCUACGUGUCGUUUUUCCCAGGAUUUGCAGUUGGCCCCGCCUUCGAACUGGCAACGUACCGCCGCAUGAUCUCGUUCAACAACAGGCAGGCCAGCCGCCAGGUCAACGCACGUGCGUACACGACCCUGCUGGUUGGCAUGUUCUGGGUUGCUGUUGUGGUGGUGUACGGCGAUAGAUUCUCGUUUGGAUUCAUGACAACCGACGACUUCUCGCAGUGGUCGUUUGCCAGAAAGGCUGUAUUCAUGGGCAUCUCUGGGGUGGUGACGCGCGGCGCGUACUAUGCAGCAUGGAAGAUGAGCGAGGGCGCAUGCAUGCUGGCUGGUCUUGGGUUUGACGGAUACUGCGAGGACGGCUCGAUCGCCUGGCUCGAUAUCGCCAACGUCCGUGUGUUUGACGUCGAAUCGUCGUCCAGUCUGAAGGCAAUGAUCGACGCAUGGAACAUUGGCACCAACACCUGGCUCCGCCAUCACGUGUACAUGCGUCUGAACCAGGGGUCUGGGUCCAGCAGCCACGCAACCCUCCUGACAUUCCUUGUGUCGGCCUGGUGGCACGGCUUCUACCCCUGGCUACUACCUGACAACUUGCGGCCACUGGUGGUUUCCAAGGAAGAUGAUAUGGAGAAGCGGAGACCGCCAGUCAAAAUCAUGUACGACCUGGUUGGGUGGAUUAUGUCAAAGUUCACACUGGACUUUGUCGUUGUGCCGUUCAUGCUGUUGAACAUUGCGCCGAGCAUCACAGCGUGGAGGAACCUGUAUAUGGCCGUGCCUGUAUCGUUCAAGGUAUUAGGUGCUGGCCAGCUGCUGAAGCCCAAGACCACGUAGACAAAUUUCAUACUUUUUUUACACUUUACAAUAUCAUUGAGCUAGAACCAGU